AUGGCCACUGAUAGCACACAUAGUGGGUGGAAUCCCCUAGCCAACAACACCAACUACAACAACUUUAAGUACCCCCGAGCCCAGUGUGGCAAUUAUGGAAAAGGGAACAAUGAUAGCAGAGGGAACAUCUCCGUGAUCACCCCAAGGAUCACCCGAGAAAGGCCUGAGAACCAGGCAUAUGCCAUGCCACCAACAGACUAUGGAAAAGCGAACAAUGAUAGCAGAGGGAACAUCCCUGUUAUCACCCCAAGGAUCACCCUAGGAAAGCCUGAGAACCAGGCGUAUGCCAUGCCACCAACAGGCUAUGGAAAAGCGAACAAUGAUAGCAGAGGGAACAUCCCUGUUAUCACCCCAAGGAUCACCCUAGGAAAGCCUGAGAACCAGGCGUAUGCCAUGCCUCCACCAGACUAUGGAAAAGGGAACAUCUCCGUGAUCACCCCAAGGAUCACCCGAGGAAGGCCUGAGAACCAGGCAUAUGCCAUGCCUCCACCAGACUAUGGAAAAGGGAACAUCUCCGUGAUCACCACAAGGAUCACCCUAGGAAAGCCUGAGGCCGAUACUAUGCCACCACCAGACUAUACUCAUGGAUUAGAGGAAAUCCUAGAGGAAAACUGUUUUUCAGAUGCGUCAAUCAGAAGAGGUUUUGUGAGAAAGGUCUACUUCACUCUGACAAUUCAGCUGUUGAUCACUGUUGGAAUAAUCUGUGCUUUCCUGUACUGGAAUGAUCUAAAGAUAUGGACACUGAAGACCUACUGGUUCACUCUGGCCACAGGGUCAGCAACUUUAGUCAUCAUUAUGGUGCUAGGAUUCUGUGGUGACAUUCGUCGAAAAAUACCCUUGAAUUACAUACUCUUGGGCCUGUUUACAAUUGUAGAGGGUCUCAUGCUCGGUUCAGUUACCGUGUUUUUCAGUGCUGAGCCUGUGCUUUGGGCUGUUGGAGCGACUGCAUUUGUGUGCUUUACACUGACCCUGUUUACUCUGCAGACCAAAUGGAAGUUUGCUGGGUGCAAUGGUUUUCUGUGGGUUCUGUUUUGGUCACUGAUCUCCUUUGGAAUCCUAUGUGCCAUUUUACGAUCACAGUAUGUCAACAUUGUGUAUGCUUGGCUGGGGACUGCACUCUUUUCUGUGUACCUGGUGGUGGAUACCCAGUUGAUUCUAGGUGGAAACCACAAACACAGCGUUGACCCAGAAGAGUACAUCUUUGCAGCUUUGACUCUUUAUUUGGACAUAGUCCUAAUAUUCCUGUAUAUACUUCAGUUGUUUGGACAAAGCGAAAGUUAG